UAGUGUGAGUGUGUGAGUGUUUGCGCAGUGUUGUGCUACACGUGCGUCCUACCUGUGCAGGCGAAUCGCACUGGAGUGGAAUUGGGCCAUGAUUUUGGAAGGUGGGCGGGCAAACGAGUACAAUGCCGUAACCGGCUUUGAUGGUGACAGGAAAUGAGGGACUAUCGGGGAUUAUUGCAGAUGGCUUUAAAUGUUUAUUUCGUUUGGUGAGGAACAAAGUCAAGCGCACGCGCACACACAAGCAAACACAAAGUGUGACAAAUUUGUUGCGUAAUGUCAUCUGGGCUGUGAAUGUUGCCAAAACUCAGGUGGAACCGGCCAGUAUAAUUUUAAGCGUAGCGUCCCCUAGUGGAGAUUCUAACCCACUGUCACUGUAGUGUCAACACAUCAGACACUUGAUUAUAUUUCAAGAGAUUUAUUUCUGAUCGUUUUGAUUCCAAUACUGUAUUGACACCUCAUAUUAGUUUGUACUAGUCUUUCUAUUUAAAAUAUCCAAUACUAAAAUGUGAAAAACAUCCAAUACAUUAAAAUUAAUUCAGUACAAUAGAGAACACACUGUAUGACUAUUGGUUCUAACUAAAUGAAUGCCAAAAGUUAACAAUUGUGCAAAUGUUUCUCCAGUGCAAUGGCUUUGUUACUGUACAGCAUCUGGCAUUAUUUCUGGGAUUUGCAAAAAAAAAAAAUUAAAAUACUGUACCGCAGAUUUUCUCCUGGCGUUCGACACACGCACGGUGUCACGUGGUCGUCAUUUUCCCGCUUAAAAACAACAAGCUGUUCUUUUGCGAAGCUUAAGGGAAUAGGACAUUUGUUGUGGGCUCUAAGGGCUGACCUUGAGGUCAGGUUGAUGGACACGCUUGUUCCCACUUCUCGGGAUGAAUCCGAAAGGAGCUUAUACGCCGUUGUGCCGCGGUAAUAUUGGGACGGCUUUAAGCUGGCCACAAGCGCACUAGCGGGCUAGUGCAGAGGACCAAAGUUUCUAGUUUGGACGCGAAAGACGUUCGCAAAUGAUUCCCACCAAGAUGUUGGUGUACAAGGGGCCCGACGACGGCAUCCAAACAGUGUCUGCCACAAGGCGACGCAAGAAAUCCACCGGCGAGCUUUUCCAGAAGGGAUAUCGGAUCCGCAAUGGCAACGACAAAGACGAGCGGGAGAACAGUGGCGGCUCCAGCUUGGCUUCCUGCUUCCGAGCCGUCUCCUACUGGGGCUUGAGGUUCUUAAGGGCCUUGAGGUUGAUACAGUUCUCGGAAAUUUUACAGUUUUUGAAUAUACUCAAGACGAGCAACUCCAUCAAGCUGGUCAACUUGUGUUCCAUCUUCAUCAGCACAUGGCUCACGGCAGCCGGAUUCAUUCAUUUGGUGGAGAAUUCCGGGGAUCCUUGGGAGAACUUUCAGAACUCUCAAGCGCUUUCAUACUGGGAAUGCGUGUACCUGCUGAUGGUCACCAUGUCCACGGUGGGCUACGGCGACGUUUAUGCCAAAACCACCCUGGGCCGACUCUUUAUGGUCUUCUUCAUCCUUGGUGGUCUGGCCAUGUUUGCGAGCUACGUGCCUGAAAUCAUAGAGUUAAUAGGCAACCGCAAGAAAUACGGUGGUUCCUAUAGUGCCGUUAAUGGCAGAAAGCACAUCGUGGUGUGCGGCCACAUCACCCUGGAGAGCGUCUCCAACUUCCUCAAAGACUUCCUACACAAGGACAGGGAUGAUGUCAAUGUAGAAAUUGUUUUUCUCCAUAAUAUUUCCCCUAAUCUUGAGCUGGAAGCCUUGUUCAAACGUCACUUCACCCAGGUGGAGUUCUACCAGGGCUCCGUUCUCAACCCUCACGAUUUGGCCAGAGUCAAAAUCGAAUCAGCCGACGCCUGUUUGAUCUUAGCUAAUAAAUACUGCGCCGAUCCAGAUGCCGAGGACGCCUCCAACAUUAUGAGGGUCAUUUCCAUCAAGAACUACCACCCAAAGAUCCGCAUCAUCACUCAGAUGUUGCAGUAUCACAACAAGGCGCAUCUGUUGAACAUCCCCAGCUGGAACUGGAAGGAGGGGGACGACGCCAUUUGCCUGGCCGAGCUCAAGCUGGGCUUCAUCGCUCAGAGCUGCCUGGCUCAGGGCCUGUCCACCAUGCUGGCCAACCUCUUCUCCAUGAGGUCCUUCAUCAAGAUCGAGGAGGACACGUGGCAGAAGUAUUACUUGGAGGGCGUCGCCAACGAGAUGUACACCGAGUACCUGUCAAGUGCCUUUGUGGGCUUGUCCUUUCCUGUUAUCUGCGAACUGUGCUACGUGAAGCUGAAGUUGCUGUUGAUAGCUAUCGAGUACAAGUCUGAUCAGCGGGAGAGCAGCACGCUCAUCAACCCUGGCAACCAUGUGAAGAUGCAGGAGGGGACGUUGGGCUUCUUCAUUGCCAGCGACGCCAAAGAAGUCAAGAGGGCGUUGUUCUACUGCAAAGCGUGCCACGAUGACGUCACGGAUCCCAAGCGCAUAAAGAAAUGCGGAUGCAAAAAAUCUAAGAACACCUACAACGGAUACAUCAAAUCAAUUGAAGAUGACCAACAGUCAUCCAAAAAAAAGCAGCGUAAUGGAGGCGUGAGGAAUUCCCCCAAUUCCUCCCCAAAGAUCCUACGACACGACCCACUCCUCAUCUCCGUCAGCGAGCAGAUGGAAAGCGUGGACGAGAAUGUGAAGAAAUACGACUCCACGGGGAUGUUCCAUUGGUGCCCGUCCAAGGACAUUGAGAAGGUCGUCCUGGUGAGCGUGGCACAAGUACCCACACGCCACUUCAGGACCUUGGAUAGCGAACCAAAGUCAUUUUCAGUGUUCAUCUUGCUUCUUUCUCCUCGUCAGACUCGAAGUGAGGCGGCCAUGACUGUGCUGAGCGGUCACGUGGUGGUGUGCAUCUUCGGUGACAUCAAGUCGGCAGUGAUUGGCUUGCGCAACUUUGUGAUGCCGCUGAGGGCCAGCAACUUCCACUACCACGAGCUCAAGCACAUCGUCUUUGUGGGCUCGCUGGAGUACCUCAAGCGCGAGUGGGAGACGCUGCACAAUUUCCCCAAAGUCUCCAUCCUGCCCGGCACGCCGCUGAGUCGAGCCGACCUCAGGGCCGUCAACAUCAACCUGUGUGACAUGUGUGUCGUAUUGUCAGCCAAUCAGAACAAUAUCGAUGACGCCUCGCUGCAGGACAAAGAGUGCAUCUUGGCCUCGCUCAACAUCAAAUCCAUGAUCUUUGACGACAGCAUCGGCGUCUUGCAGGCCAACUCCCAAGGCUUCACGCCACCGGGUAUGGAGCGGUCGUCUCCCGAGAACAGCCCGAUCCACGGACGCGUGCGUCACACCUUGGUGACGACGGGGGCCAACAUUCCCAUCAUAACUGAACUGGUCAACGAUUCCAACGUUCAGUUCCUGGACCAGGACGACGACGACGACCCCGACACGGAGCUCUACCUGACCCAGCCGUUUGCCUGCGGCACCGCCUUUGCAGUCAGUGUGCUGGACUCCUUAAUGAGCGCUACGUACUUCAACGACAACAUCCUGACGCUGAUCCGCACGCUGGUGACGGGCGGCGCCACCCCGGAGCUGGAAGGACUGCUGGCAGAGGAAAACGCCCUGCGGGGCGGCUACAGCACGCCGCAGACGCUGGCCAACAGGGACCGCUGUCGCGUGGCCCAGCUGGCCUUGUACGACGGGCCCUUCGCUGACCUCGGGGAUGGCGGUUGUUACGGCGACCUGUUUUGCAAAGCCCUGAAAACAUACAACAUGCUCUGUUUUGGCAUCUAUCGGUUACGUGACGGACAUCUUAACGCUCACAGCCAGUGCACCAAGCGAUACGUCAUUACCAAUCCGCCCUACGCCUUCGAGCUGGUGCCCUCAGACCUCAUCUUCUGCCUCAUGCAGUUCGACCACAACGCUGGCCAGUCGCGGAGCAGCCUCUCGCACUCGUUCAACAAGAAAAGCUCCUCCGUGCACUCCAUCGGCACCGUCAACCGAGCUAACCGCAACAAAAGCAGGGACCCACGGGACAAGCUCAAAUACGUAACGACACUUCAGCAUCUCAUGGCACAACAAUAAAUGCAAACCCACUGGU